AAGGAACCUGAUUCAAGAGAGACCAGGUCCUUGUAUCAACUAAAACUUCUUGGUCAACGAUAAGGCGGCUAUUCAAUUAUGAAGCUUUUGACAGUGUGAUACAGCAUGAAGUAAAAAAAAUCUGUUGCUACUACACUGUUUCAUAGAGAUCCUUAUCCGUCAAAAGCUUUUUACUAUCUUCUUCUGAAUCACAGACAAUAUGAAGUUGAGGCAUAACAGUAAAUUGUGUUUAGUCUCUUUAUCAAACAUAUCUGAUCUUUUUGAUCAAAACCAGGUUAUCUUUUGUGGUUUAAUUUUGGCUAAACUUAAACUUUUGCCCAUUGAAAAACGGCUUUCCAGGUUUAGAAACACAGAAUUGUACCGAAGAUCGUAAAAGAUCAUUCUACUUCAUUUCCAUUACUGCAUUAGUAACGUCUUACUAUUAUCACACUCUAACAAAGUCAAAUUGCUUAUAGCCCGUAUGUAUACCGCUGGAUGCUCCUCUCGUUUUCGGUGGGUUAUGACCGAAAAUUAUCAGUGAUGUAUGAAAAAAACAAGGAAAAACCCAUGCGGACAUGAUUGAAUGAGUCUGAAAAAAGUUUCACAUUUC